AUGCCGGACCGAUGGCAUAAACUCCCCGGAUCUCACGGGGGGUCAUUACCGCUACUGCUGUACAGAUUCAUUACCACCUCGCAAGACUAUCAGCUCUAUCUCACAGAUCUAACUCACAUAUGGUAUGAGAGACUGGGACACGGUCAAAUAUUGCAAAAAGCCGAGGAAAAAGAAACCAGCAUCGACCCUAGUGAAGAUGCCAAUCAGUUUGCCGUCUUCUUGCAGAAGAUUCGGGAUGCCCUAGAGGGGGUGGGAUCUAGCGGUGUAGAUGUGGCGUCUGGCAAGUCAGACCGUUUGGAAAUUACAACCACCACGGAGCUCCCAGGCGGGCUGAAUUCUUUACAGUGGACUUUUGCGCUUUCCAAGGAGCCUCCAUCAGAGGUUACUCAACAUCUCCUGCUGCCUUUGCUCAGAAGCGAACAGGGGCAUAGACGGCGAGAAAGGGAAUUACUGGAUUAUUUGGCAGAAAAGGACAAAGUGUUGUCCAAGAUUUUCGACAAGAUCGAUGCCUCCCAGUUGACAGACAUUUUCCCCAGCAUCGCCAGUUCCCGUAAUGCUAAGCUCAAAACAUCCGGCUUGCUCAAGUACAUCAAAGGGGCGUCCAGGUUUGACGAGUCGGAAUGGCAGAAAACUUUCGCGGCCGAAGAGUCCGAUACCGUGGCUGCAGAAGAUAUCGCCGAUCUAGCAUCUGGGAUUUUAAAAGCAUCUGCGUCCAAAGACACCCACCCAAGGGCCGAAGCGUGGUGGCACACCCUUGAUGAGAAUGAACAAGAUAUUCGAAGACCAUCAACAAAAAGAAAACCACCGGUCCAGACAAAUCCGGUAGUUUCUGAAAGCGUAAAGGCAAAAGGGGAAGCUCUUGGUAUGGAUGGCAGUACCGAUGAUGAAGGUAAAUUCCAGCGCCAGAAAACCCCUCCUCAUCUAAAGCACGAUAAAGGGGAAAUUAGUGAGAAAAUAGCUGCAGAUGACUAUGGCACCACCGAGUCAGACGAAGAAGCCGAACCUGCUUCUAAAUCUAAGAGUACUCAGCCGCACACUCGACCGGAGCAGCAAAAACCUAAAGGCCUUGGUAAAAUUGGAGGUUCCAGAGCUAUUCCCAAAGCAUCACAAAGGCCACCUUCAUCGACAGCGUCGACAGCGUCUUCGGAUGCCUUGCAACCCACGCAUGCUGAACAAGCAACCGAGAGCGAUUCCCCAUCCCCUCAGAGACGAAGCGUCAUCCCUCCUCCAUCUUCUACACAGCAUGAGAAGCCUGUGGCGGCGCCGAAGCGCAAAGGUGGACUAGGAAAAAUUGGCGGCAAAAAGCCGGAGCCGGAGCCCGUGAAAGAAGAGCCCAGCCAGCCGGCGAGUCCGCCUCUUGAGAAACCUACGUCUACACAGCCAACUAAGAAGCUGGGUACUAUUGGAAGCAAAAAGGCCGCGCCAACCAUUGACCUCCCAUCGCGUGAUACAGGCACAGUACGGGGAGGAGGCAUGACUGCAUCAGAAGACGAUAGCGAUGAUUUGGAUUCUGGGCCUACUAAACUCGCUCAACCAGGGCCACCGACCAGCAACGAAUCUCCUCCACCUGUUCUGAAAAGGCCAUCAAGUGAACCGGAGGAAGAGCUUUCUGCACAGCAAAAAGCAGACAAGAAGCGUGAGGAUUUGAAACGACAGAUGAAUGCGAUGAGCAAAGCCCCUCAAAAGAAGAAGAGGAGGUUUUGA